ACGUGUAACGGCUACUGUUAGCCGCUAGUAGGGGCUCCUUCGUCGGUGAAAGCUCUCUUCUUCGCUUGUUUGUCAACAAAAUCCCGUCCUCCUCACUCGCGCACACUCGUCGAUUUCCGUUCACAUCGGUCUCUGAACAUGGCGACAGUCACCUUACGAAACUCUGCGAACUCGCUGUUGUUAUUUAGCAGGAGAUUAUUGAGACCGGGGCUGAAUGUUCUCUGUUCAUAUCACAAGAAGGUGGUGGACCACUAUGAAAACCCAAGAAAUGUGGGUUCUCUAGACAAAAACUCCAAGAAUGUGGGGACUGGGUUGGUGGGAGCACCUGCCUGUGGCGAUGUCAUGAAACUUCAGAUCCAGGUGGAUGAAAAUGGCAAGAUUGUGGAUGCAAAAUUCAAGACAUUUGGCUGUGGAUCAGCCAUUGCCUCCAGUUCUCUAGCAACAGAGUGGGUGAAGGGGAAGUCGGUUGACGAAGCUCUGAAGAUAAAGAACACAGAUAUUGCCAAAGAACUCUGCCUUCCUCCAGUCAAGCUUCAUUGCUCUAUGCUUGCAGAAGAUGCCAUAAAAGCAGCGCUGUCAGACUACAGACUAAAACAACAGGACAAGGAGGAGGAACGUGUCAAAGCCAGCAGUUAAUAUGUUGUUAUUAAGUGGCCAGUAUGGGGUGUCCCAUCGAUAUUUCAGCACCAGCUAAUGUCUUGCAACAGUGCAGUGCUGUGUGGAGGAUGAGUUGCCAUAAUACUACAUCAGGUCUUGCACCCCUCUUUUUGGGAGUUUUAUAGCCUUUUAAAAAUCUACAUGGCUGUGGGGUCAGUCUCUUGAAUUUAAGCCAGGAUACCCAUAUGUUCAAGUGCCAGGUGUUUAUGGUGUCUAUGGAUAUAUUUCAUCAGAUGAUCAGAAAUGUGUAUUAAUUGUUGCUGAUUUUGGUUGUUGAAAGUUCAUGGUGAAUAUUUAAGGACAACUCUGAUCCUUAAUUUUAAGCAAAUGAGUUCUUCUACACAGAACACAAGAGUUACAUCAUAAAUCAGAAAGUAUAAAUUGAGGUCGGUUUUUGUUUUGUAUAUUUUUUUGGCAUUUAGACUUUAAUUUGGCUUGUAUAAAACCUCUGCUCCCUCGUGGAGGAUCCGGUAUGAGAACACACUACAGGGCAACAGCUGAAGUACACAUACGACACUAUAAUACAGACUAUUGUAUGAGAAUGUGCUUAUUGUGAAUUAAAUGAUUAAAAAAC